AUGUAUAAACCAGCUCCGCCUCGGCCGAAAAAGACCAACAUUUGUCGCUCUCGUUCUGGAUGCAAAACGUGCAGGCAAAGACGGAAAAAGUGCGAUGAGCGGAAACCUUGCAGCCUCUGCAAGAGGCUCGGGGUAGCCUGUGAGCAGAUUUCCCACACGUUUGAGUUUCGCAGCGUGUCAGGCCCGUCAAGAUCACGCAAGGCUGGACUACGAUCAGUCACUCCACUGUAUGCGCCAAACCCGCCACCAAGCAAAACUGUUGCCGUUACAAGGCCGUUGUCGAAGCCUUCAGAGCACUCGCCUAUAGGAGUAGAGGGCGGUUUUGAUACCAUUUUCGACUCGGAUCAUGUACUGAGUGCGGACAUGAUCCCAUUCCCGGAUCCCAGCCUAUCUUAUGCUACCGAGAAUCAGAACAGAAUCUGGGAGAUUCAUUCUGAUUCCGAGCUUUUCGACGAGCCGUUGGACUUGGGAAUCGCCGAGGGGACAACUAUGAACUUGGCUCCAUUAUCUGUGCCACAGCAUAGAGCCGGUGAUGCCGUCGGCUUCUACAUGAGUAUUUGGAAGCUUCAUUGUUUGCCAGCUUUAAAUGUGACAUUCAAAUUUAUGGAUACUAUUCGCGACCAAUCGUCACUCAUCACAGACACCAUGGCCACCCUUGCAGCCAGUCGCAUGAGUCGCAAACUUCCACAGAGGCGAUUGUUUACGUCAUCCGACUCACCAGGGCUCUACUUCCGACCAGAUUUUGGCCAUGAAGCUUGCAGCAGCGAGCUCUACGGCUCAGCCCUUCGCCGAAUGUCUUGCUGGUGGCCUGAAAACUACGUCUCAAACCCAAUGCUGGCCUUCGCUGCGCUUGUCCUUUUCUGCUAUGUGGAAUCAUCAAUGGGAUACUUCAAAGGAUUUUAUAUACAUUCUCAAGGAAUAGAAGAACUCCUCAGUGAAUCUGCUGAUCGCAUCUUUCCUCACGGUGCUGGCCUGCUUGCGGCUUGGGUGGAAGUCAAGAUGCAAAACUGGUGGCGCAGAGCGUAUUUUGGGGUUCCCGAGUUCUUUCAGGACUACUCCACUCCAUUACUUCGUCCAGACUUGCAAUUUAUUUCGAAUACUGGAAGCGGUCGUACGGCUACUAUCCUUUGGAUCCUUUGCGAAUCGCAUCGUCUUAACACCGCCGCUCUUAUUGCAUGUUGGGCAAGACAAAGAAAAAGUCAUCAGAUGAGAACAACAACGGUUUCAACAUCUGUAGACAAUGCCAAUCCAGCAUCCGAACAUUCAUCUAUCCCUAAUGAGGUUGUGGCCUUGACCAAGAUGUACUCUGAGAAGCUGGAUGAGUGGCGCGCUUACGUCCCAAGUUUGGUAGAGAUUGAGGCAAAUCCAAAUCAUCCGAAACUUUUCGACUUAAAAAUCCCUGAAGACGAAGCGUUGUGUUUCUCGUCUCAUCAGUCCGCCAUGAACAUGGCUUAUUACGUGGUGGGCCGCGUCAUGCACUGCGCGGGACCGCUACAGACCUUUGCGAGUGCGUCUGUGCAUAAUAUUGAUGAUCAGUAUGAAGAAAUAGAGGCUUGGAUCUUCGUCUUGCUGCGCAUUGCUGCUGGAAUCAACUGGGAGGACUGCAUCUGUCUCAAUGCUUACACCAUCGGUGAAACUGGACUUUGGAUCCAGGGGUGGUUAGAAACGCGUCUGGGUCGGGAUGGGAUUGAAGAGGGGAACUUUCCAGUAUUUCAAAUUCUAGAUGCGGUGCGACUUAUUAAUCGCGAGCGCAGAAAUGGCCUGGAUGUGGUCGCGCUGUUUCAGACGGUGGAUGACGGGGGUGGUAAGGCAUCCCAGAUUGUCCCGGAUAAUUUCGAGCCUUGCCGCAUUUGGUGCACGGGAGCGCGCCCCAGCGGGCAAGUUCGAAGUCUCAAAACAAAUGUCGGAUAUGAUGCAGAUGACAUUCAAGCUUUCCCUCUUUCGGAGUACGAGAGACCGCCGUUAUGCGGUUAUCCCUCUCAUCAGAUUAUGAGAAACGUUGAGGCUAUUCUCAAGCAAGCUGGCUCCAGUAUAGAGAACGUAGUUGAGGUCACGGUAUUUUUGACAAACAUCAUCGACGCUGACGAAUUGUCUCUCGCUUACAAACCUUACUGGGGAGAUCUCAAGCCGGCGCGAACCUGCGUUGCUGUGAAGGAACUGCCCUAUGGUUCGGAUAUUGAGCUCAAAUGCAUUGCGGUAGUUGCUGACUGA